AUGAGUGUGGACCCUGUCAGCAGCCAGGCCAUGGGACUCUCUGAUGUCACCCUUAUUGAAGGUGUGGGUAAUGAGGUGACUGUGGUGGCAGGUGUGGUGGUGCUGAUUCUAGCCUUGGUCCUAGCUUGGCUUUCUACCUACGUAGCAGACAGCAGUAGCAACCAGCUCUUAAGCACUAUUGUGUCAGCUGGCGACACAUCCGUCCUCCACCUGGGACACGUGGACCAUCUGGUGGCGGCCCAAGGCACCCCAGAGCCAAAUGAACUCCCCCAUCCAUCAGAUGGUAAUGAUGAGAAGGCUGAAGAGGCUGGAGAAGGUGGCAGAGACUCUGCAGGGGAUUCUGGAGCUGGAGGUGGCAUUGAGCCCAGCCUAGAGCAUCUCCUUGACAUCCGAGGCCUGCCCAAAAGACAAGUGGACCCAGAGAGCAGCGGCCCAGAAGCCCCUCUGAGACCUGAGGAGAGCACCUGCCUGCCUCCCAGCCCUGGCCUCAUCCAUGUGCGGCUCAAAUUCCUCAAUGACACGGAGGAGCUGGCUGUGGCCAGGCCGGAAGAUACUGUGGGCACACUGAAGAGUAAAUACUUCCCUGGACAAGAGAGCCAGAUGAAACUGAUCUACCAGGGCCGCCUCCUGCAGGACCCAGGCCGCACACUGCGUUCCCUGAACAUUACCAACAACUGUGUGAUUCACUGCCACCGCUCGCCUCCAGGGUCAGCUGUUCCAGGCCCCUCCGCCUCCCUGGCCUCCUCAGUCACUGAGCCCCCCAGCCUCAGCAUCAGUGUGGGCAGCCUCAUGGUGCCCGUGUUUGUGGUGCUGUUGGGUGUGGUCUGGUACUUCCGUAUCAAUUACCGCCAGUUCUUCACAGCACCUGCCACUGUCUCCCUGGUUGGGGUCACUGUCUUCUUCAGCUUCCUAGUAUUUGGGAUGUAUGGACGAUAA